AUAAAAAGAUAUAACCUAUAAAAUAAGAAUAAAAAUAAUUGUAAUGGCUAUAAUAUUUAUUAUUUAGAAAAGACAAUGCUUCGGACUAUUAAAUUAUGUGUAGCAAUUAAGACAACAAGAUUUAUGCAAUCCCCGUUAACUUAUAACGUGAGACGAAUUCAUAUGACUCCAGGCUUAAGACAUGGAGAAUAUGAAUGGCAGGAUCCUAAAUCAGAAGAUGAAGUUGUUAAUAUCACAUAUGUUGAUAAAGAUGGGAAAAAGACAAAAGUAAGGGGUAAAGUUGGUGAUAAUGUUCUUUAUUUGGCUCAUCGAUAUGGCAUUGAAAUGGAAGGUGCAUGUGAGGCGUCUCUAGCAUGUACAACAUGUCAUGUUUAUGUAAAACAAGAUUAUUUUGACAAAUUGCCCAUGUCUGAAGAGAAAGAGGAUGACUUAUUGGAUAUGGCGCCAUUUCUUAAAGAAAAUUCUAGAUUAGGUUGCCAGAUUGUAUUGACAAAAGAUUUAGAAGGUAUGGAGUUGCGGUUACCAAAAGCAACAAGGAAUUUCUAUGUAGAUGGACACAAACCUGCACCUCAUUAGCUGUGAUGAAAUAUUUGUAGUAUAAAAUGUAGCAUAAUAUGAUAUAAAAAGUGAAAUAUUACUGUAAUGCUUUACAAUUGUAAAGAAAUAAUUAUGUAAGCAUCCAGUUGUAUCUAAGAACAAAAUACAUUGUAUUUUUAAAUUUAA